AAACUGAGCAAACUCAGCUGCGCAGAUGAGGGGAGACUCGUUGUCAUCAGGCGUGCAGUGGGCUCUGCUGGGCUCCCCCAUCCCGUCCUAACCCGGAACAGCCCCGGGCAGGAGGCGUGGAAAGUCGAAGGGGUAAACCGCGAAUGUGCGUUGUGUAAGCCAUGGCGCAGGGUGGGGCGCGGGCGGGACUUGGGCGGGUGGGGUGGGCUUGGCCGAGCCGGCCUCCCGGGCACCGACCGCUAUAAGGCCAGCCGGACUGCGACACAGCCCAUCCCCUCGACCGCUCGCGUCGCACUUGGCCGCCUCCCUACCGCUCCAAGCCCAGCCCUCAGCCAUGGCAUGCCCCCUGGAUCAGGCCAUUGGCCUCCUUGUGGCCAUCUUCCACAAGUACUCCGGCAGGGAGGGUGACAAGCACACCCUGAGCAAGAAGGAGCUGAAGGAGCUGAUCCAGAAGGAGCUCACCAUUGGCUCGAAGCUGCAGGAUGCUGAAAUUGCAAGGCUGAUGGAAGACUUGGACCGGAACAAGGACCAGGAGGUGAACUUCCAGGAGUAUGUCACCUUCCUGGGGGCCUUGGCUUUGAUCUACAAUGAAGCCCUCAAGGGCUGAAAAUAAAUAGGGAAAAUGGAGACACCCUCUGGGGGUCCUCUCUGAGUCAAAUCCAGUGGUGGGUAAUUGUACAAUAAAUUUUUUUUGGUCAAAUUUA